AUGCCUGCCCUGGCUUGUUGCGUGGAUGCUGCAGCACCUCCUGGCUAUGCAUUUGCCGGUGACAUCUCUUUUCCGGCGCCGGUCUCUUUUACCGGCGUACCUCUGCCCGCGACUGACGACAUCAUCAACCAUUGGUCGCCGUCUCUCUCCGCCGCCCUCUACAACGUCGACGGGUGGGGCGGCCCCUACUUCUCCGUCAACGCCGCUGGGAACAUCUCCGUGCGCUCUCACGGCUCCGCCACCCUGGCGCACCAGGAGAUCGAUUUGCUGAAGAUUGUGAAGAAGGCCUCCGAUUCCAAAUCUCUCGGUGGCCUCGGCCUUCAGCUUCCCCUCAUUGUCCGCUUCCCGGACGUUCUCAAAAACCGUUUGGAGUCCCUUCAAUCGGCGUUUGAGUAUGCAAUCCAAUCCGAGGGGUACGACUCUCAUUAUCAAGGAGUAUACCCUGUGAAAUGCAACCAGGACCGCUUCGUGAUUGAGGACAUCGUCAAAUUCGGUUCUCCCUUCCGGUUUGGUCUGGAGGCAGGGUCCAAGCCGGAACUCCUUUUGGCUAUGAGCUGUUUGUGCAAAGGCAACCCCGACGCUUUGUUAGUUUGUAACGGCUUCAAAGACGCAGAAUACAUUUCCCUUGCCCUGAUUUCCAACAAGCUCGCGCUCAACACCGUUAUUGUUCUGGAGCAAGAGGAGGAGGUUGAUUUAAUCGUUGAAUUGAGUAAGAAGCUUUGCAUUAAGCCCAUGAUUGGGUUGCGUGCGAAGCUCCGAACCAAGCAUUCGGGCCAUUUCGGUGGGACUUCGGGGGAGAAGGGCAAGUUUGGUCUGACCACCGCUCAGAUUCUAAGGGUUGUGAAGAAGUUGGACCUCGCAGGCAUGCUGGAUUGCUUGCAACUGCUGCAUUUUCAUAUUGGUUCUCAGAUUCCUUCGACAACGUUGCUUGCCGAUGGAGUGGGAGAGGCCGCGCAGAUCUAUUGCGAACUGGUUCGGCUCGGAGCGAACAUGCGGAUCAUCGAUAUUGGAGGUGGACUGGGCAUUGAUUACGACGGUUCCAAAUCGUGUGACUCUGAUAUUUCAGUUGGAUACAGUCUCGAGGAGUAUGCUGCCGCGGUUGUUCACGCCGUUCAGUGUGUGUGCGACCGAAGGUCCGUCAAGCACCCUGUUAUCUGCAGCGAGAGUGGAAGGGCCAUCGUGUCCCAUCACUCGGUCUUGGUCUUUGAGGCAGUUGGCACGAGCAGCACCGCCGUCGGAGCCUCCCCGGCAUUUUCGGCCAAUUAUCUGGCGGAGGAUCUUUCGGAGGAUUAUCGUUUUCUGUCGGAGGCGGCGUUUCGAGGGGACUAUGAACGGUGCUUGGUGUACACGGAGGAAAUGAAGGAGCGAUGCGUGGAGCAGUUCAAACAGGGGACAGUGUGUAUGGAACAGUUGGCAGCGGUGGAUGGGCUGUGUGAGUUGGUGAAGAAGGCGGUUGGGGCUGGGGAACCGGUUCGGAGAUACCAUGUGAACCUAUCUGUCUUCACGUCCAUUCCUGACGCGUGGGGCAUUGAGCAGGUGUUUCCGAUUAUACCCAUUCAUCGGUUGGACGAGAAACCUUGUGUGAGGGGUAUUCUCUCGGAUCUGACUUGCGACAGCGACGGCAAGAUUGACAAAUUCAUCAACGGGGAGUCCAGUCUGCCGCUGCAUGAAGUUGAAGGAGGUAGUUACUAUUUGGGAAUGUUCUUGGGUGGGGCCUACGAGGAGGCGCUCGGUGGAUUCCACAACUUGUUCGGCGGUCCCAGCGUUGUGAGGGUCUCUCAGAGCGACGGCCCUCACAGCUUCGCAGUCACGCGGGCCGUGCCGGGUCCAUCCUGUGGAGAUGUUCUUCGAGUGAUGCAGCACCAGCCCGAACUCAUGUUCGAGACUCUCAAGCACCGAGCUCAUGAGUAUGUCAGCCACGACAGUGCUUCGGUUCUGGCCUCUGGCCUUGCUCGCACUUUUGACAGGAUGCCUUAUCUGGUUUCGCUGUAUUCCUUUGAUGAUGUUGACGCCGCUGCCGUUCCCGCCCCCGAAGACGAGGUCGUGCAGUGGUCUUACUAA